CUCUGUUUUGUGUUGUGGGUAUAUGGAGCAGUUUGUAUACCUAAUUAAACUAAAAUAGUGAAGAUUUUUGUGAUUAUUUAGUGAUCUCAAAUACAAAGUUUGGCACAUAGAUUUGAUGUGAUCUCUUCUAUUACGUGUUUAAUAAAACCCAUUAAAACAUGUUUUUUUGAAUUAAAUGUUUAUUAGUGAAUCAUCAAUCAUCAUACUUAAUUUUGUUUAAAGUUUUAAUUACACUAUAAAACAUGUCUAGUGCAAGUGUUGAAAAUUUAACAGGAGAUGUCCAGGAUUAUGACGGAUCAAGCAACAUGUGUUUAGAGCUCGCAUUGGAAGGUGAACGCCUGUGUAAAGCUGGAGAUUGCAGGGCUGGUGUUGCAUUCUUUCAAGCUGCAAUACAAGCCGGAACGGAUGACUUAAGAACGUUAAGUGCCAUUUAUAGUCAGCUGGGAAAUGCUUAUUUCUACCUGGGAGAUUACAGCAAAGCUAUGCAGUAUCAUAAACAUGACUUAACUUUGGCUAGAACGAUGGGAGAUAAAUUAGGUGAAGCUAAGUCCUCGGGCAACUUAGGAAAUACUUUAAAAGUGAUGGGACGGUUCGACGAAGCUAUAGUAUGCUGCAAACGCCAUUUGGAGUUAUCAAGAGAAUUAGGUGACAGGUUGAGUGAAGGCCGUGCUUUGUAUAACUUAGGCAACGUGCUUCAUGCUAAGGGAAAACACGUUGGACGAAUUGGUCAUAAGGAUCCCGGAGAAUUUUCGGAUGAAGUUAAAGGUUGCUUGCAACAAGCUGUGACUUACUAUGAGGAAAACUUAGCCUUGAUGAGAGAUUUAGGGGACGUAGCUGCCCAGGGAAGGGCAUGUGGUAACUUAGGGAAUACAUUUUAUUUGCUUGGCGAUUUUGCCCAAGCUAUAAAUUAUCACGAGGAAAGACUGGCUAUAGCACGACAAUUUGGUGACAAACCGGCUGAAAGAAGAGCUCAUAGUAACCUGGGAAAUUCUCAUAUUUUCAUGGGUCAAUUUGAGGAUGCCGCACACCACUAUAAACGUACUCUCGCUCUGGCACAAGAACUUGGAGAUCAAGCAAUAGAAGCUCAAGCCUGUUACAGUCUUGGCAAUACUUAUACUUUACUCCGUAAUUAUGAGACGGCCAUAGAGUAUCAUUUAAGACAUUUACUCAUUGCUCAGAAUCUGUCGGAUCGCGUUGGCGAAGGAAGAGCUUGCUGGUCUCUGGGCAACGCGCAUGCUUCUUUAGGAAACCACGAAAAAGCACUAAACUUUGCAAAAAAGCAUUUAGAAAUCAGCAAAGAGUUAGGGGACCCGAUGGGAGAAGCAACGGCAAAAAUGAAUAUAUCCGAUUUGAAGAAAAUACUCGAUAUCCCCGAUAGCCCGGAUACUGAGACCGAAUCACCUACCUCGAAAACACCUACAAAGCCGGAAAUGUCCAUGAAUAAUGUGAGCCAUCAUCAAUUACAUAGGGUGAGACGUGAGAGCAUGGAACAGCUUAGUUUAAUAAAGCUCACGCCAGACGCAAAACAUCCCAGUCUUUCAUUGCCUCAAGUAAAAUCUACCACGCCAAUUAAAAAUGAAGACGAGGAUUCCUUCUUCGACUUAUUAUCUCGAUUCCAGUCCAAACGGAUGGAUGAUCAGCGUUGCUCUUUAACUGUCGACAACAAAGAAAAUACAAACGUCGUGAAUUUACCGCAUAACGAAGGUCCGGAAGAUCUCAUCGAAAUGAUCGCAGGAAUGCAGAGUAAACGUAUGGACGAGCAAAGAGUUUCGCUGCCACACUUGCCAGGUUUACAGACAAAUUCCCUCCAGAGAUUAGCCGAAUCGAGGGGUAAUAGCAUCCCGGAUGACAAUUUUUUAGAUCAGUUGGUGAGAUGUCAAGGAUCUCGUUUGGAAGAUCAAAGAUCACCUUUGCCGACACCAGCGGUAGAUGCCGAGUCUGAUCCUCCACCUGUAAACACCAAAAAAAGCGGAGCUACGGUUCCCGAUGAAGAUUUCUUUUCGCUUAUUAUGAGAUUCCAGUCUGGUAGAAUGGACGACCAAAGAGCUUCCGUUCCUCGAGUAGAAAAUAGAAUUGCAAAUGGAAGCGUCCCGCACCCUCCCAACGGAAUGAACAAUAACAACGUGAAGAGUUCAUCUAGUAAAAAGAAAAAAUAAUAUAUUCGUCACUUGAUAGGUUAUUAGAGGUAGAAAUUUACAAAAUGAUAAUUAGAUAUGGAUUGAUUGUAAGUACAGAUAUUUAUCAUCGUUUAUAUAAAGAUAUUAAAGUCCAAAAGUGUUCAAAUAAGAAAUGGAUACUGUAAUCUGAUUUUGUUUAAUAUAUUCGAAUAUUUAUAAUUAUUAAAUGCUAUAAUAUUAAAUUCCGAACGAUUGUAUUGUGAGGCUGUCUGACACAGUAUUUUACAUUAAUAAUGCAUUUAAGCUUUAUAAUACGGUAUAAUGCCCUUAAGUAACAAAAUUUCCUCAGGAAAAGCGAUUUUUUGCAAGUUUAUUUUUGUUUUGUUACAAGUAGCAAGAUGUCAGUAAGCAUAUCAACGUCCAAAAUUUUUUAAUCGUCCAACUUCGUGUAUCUUGUAAAAUUUUCUGUCAUUUUGGCACCAAGAUUCACCCUAUUCACUUUUACAUAUAAGAAACAGUAUCUGGUGCAAAUACGAGGAUUGAUCAAAAAGUAUCGGAAUUUGGCAGUACAGACAGUAAAAAUUCGUGACGAAUUGUCGAAGAAAAUGGUUAGAAGGACCUUCACAUUUGAUCAAAUUCCGCCUCAUCUUCAAUCUUCUUGCCCUUCCUGAAAACAUUUAUACCGUCGAUAAACUUGUGGCUGUGACAAAGUAUCGUCGUCAAAGACCUUUAACAUUUUGAAUGCCUUGCUGCACUUAAUUCCGUUUCUAACACAAAAUAUCAGACAGACUCUCUGAUCCGACAUUUCGCCACACAAAAAAUCGCCAAAAACACCGAGGUAAGUCAUACUCAUUCGCUCGGUAAAUACAAGCUAAGAAAGACAGCUGGCUAAAAAUUUACAGGUACGUCACUGUCAGUACUACCAAUAGACAAAUAAACCGAUAUUUGAAUAUAAUUUGAAAAUUCCCGUUGCUUUUUUAUCAAAUGUCGUAUAACCAGAGAUUUAAAUUAUUUCAUUCACAUUUUUGUUCACCUCUGCAAUUUAUGUAUUGGGUAUUUUGCCACGUGCGAAAAAAAUUAUUUUGCCAAAGGAAUCAGUGAAGGGUUAUUUUUAUGAAAAUAGUUUUACCUAACCAAAAAUUUCACUUAAAAAAAUCAUACAAAUACAAAAUAGACUCCACUAGAUAUCUCGCACUUCUGAAUAUAUGGCUUUCCGUUUUUAAUUAUUUUUGACAGUUUAAUUAAUUUUGUUUUUUGUAUAGUUAGCAAUAUCAUAUAAUGUUUAUUCCAUUAUUACUUACUUAGCCAACAAAGACUCGAGGUCACAGAUUAAUUUGACACGCAUCUCUCACCGUUCAACAAAAUUAUCACAGUCUCUUUUAAUUUUUGUUUAAUGGUAUUAUUUUCCUUCUCCAAAAUUUUUACCGAAUUGAAUUAUAUGAUCGUUUUCCCAAAUAAGACUGCAAAAUUUUGAUUUACCAAAUUCUCGUUUUUUUUUAAUGUAAUCUGUCUAUUCUAAUUUAUACAGAUUAAGGGGGCUUUCCAAUAUAAUGUUUAUUGCAUUCACAAGAUAUACCUACUAUAAAUGCAAUUUUUUAAAUUUUUUAAAUCAUUUGAGCCAAAAAACAAUUGCAUUUGAAAGGAAAAAUGUUUCCCCUAUUUUAUUCGAAGAACGAGUAAUUUUCGAGUAAGCAUUAUCUUCAGUUCAUAAUAAGCAUACUAUACAGGGUGUUUAUUAAGUAUUUGUAUAAACUUUAAAGCAUGAAGCCAAAAGACUAAUUUUAAGAUAAAAAGGGUCCGCAAUGGCUUGGUUCUUGAGAUAGAGCGUCCAAAAAAAAAAACAAAAUAUUUGGUAUUUUAAUAAUUUUUCUGUUUAAUAACAUGGCAAUUUGAUGAAAUCCGGGAAACUGGGAGUAUUGAUGAAAAUGAAAAGUUUUUUAGUUCCAACAUUCUGAUUUUAUCUACUAUUAAUAAUUUAUGAACGAAGUAUAACCCAAAAAUACGAAAACUUGAUAGCAUUGCAUUAAUUUUUUAAAUUUUGAGCGUUAACUUGGAUCCACCAUUUUGAAUUUUGUAAGUCUAAUCUCGGAUUCGUAAUCAGCGACCCCAAAAACCUCUGUAUCCCCAAUUUGGUCGAAUUUGGUUCAAUGUCAAAAAUUUUAUCCGCCAUAUUGGAUCCGCCAUCUUGAAUUUUGAAAUUCUGACUUCAGAUUCAUAAUCAGCAACCCCAAAAAC